AUGUCGUGCCAUAAUCAAACAGAAAAUUAUUUUGAUUAUAAAUGUUACUAUGAGUUAAAAGAUUACUACGAUUAUCCUUAUAAAAGUGAUACUGCGAGCGAUUUCUUAGAAAAAUACCAGCCUCCGGAAAAUUAUAAUAAUAUUUUGAAGACUUCUCCUUUGAUAACCAAACUUACAGAUAAUUUAGCGUCUGAUAGAUUUUUAUUUAAUUAUAAUAGAGCUACUAUCUGCAAAUAUAUUAAUUACUGGUUAAAUACACAAAUCAGAAGUGAUAACUUAAAUGAAUCAUAUAUUGAAUUUUUCAAAUCUUUUGCUGAUGAAUUUGCUAAACACAAAAAUGGUGAUAAUUCUUAUAAAGAUAAUACAUGUAGAAAUAAUUUUUCAUUCAUAGAAAAUGAUAAAUAUAGAAAAAUUCAAGGAUUAUAUGAUAUUUAUCGUUUAUAUAAUGAAAUUGUAAAUCCGUAUGUGCGUAGAAUAAAAGAGGUUAAUAUAUGUAGUAACUUAAUGGCGAUAAAUAAAUCAUAUAAAGACUUAGCAUGGGAACACAAAGGUGAUGAUGAUUUAAAUAAAAAUUUGGAAAAAUUCAAGAAAUUAGCUCUUACAGUAGCAAAUACGUAUGUCCCUGAAUGUCAUAGUAACCUAUUAUCAGAUAUAGAGAAACUAAAAUUAGUUUACUCACAUGACCUACAAAGUUCUCAUAUACAGGAAAAUAAAGUAGCACGACAAGUUCAAUCUGAAAYWUCCAGAAAUACAGAAUUACAAAGAACAGAGGUUAUUCCCAAACCUAAACACGAGACAGAAGCUUCCAAUGGAGAAAUAUUAUCAGGAUUAACAGAAAUAAAAGCAGAGCAACCACAUCAAAGAGGAGUAACAUCUCCAAGGGUAGAAUCAUAUGAAACAGUAAUAGAACCUGAAGAAGUAGUACCACCUGCAAAAGAACCUCGAGAACAAUUAUAUGGAUUAAAAUUUCAAGAAAAUAUAUUAUUAGAACCACAAUUAUACAAAUCUGCAUUAUUAUCUGAACCACGGUCAUUCGCAGAUGGAACAAGAUAUAAUGAACAAUAUGCAGAGAAUCAAGGAAGUCCUUCAGAUGGAAUUUUCAAUAAAAUGUCAGGAGCUGUAUCUGGAUUUAUAAGCAAUGUUGAUCCCGUACCAGUUGUUGGUGUAUCUGGUGGGAUGGGUGCUUUAUUUUUACUUUUUAAGUAUACUCCAGUUGGAGCCUUCUUUAGAGGAGGAAGAGGACGUGCACAUAGAAUACCGCGUAGUUUUAAUGGACAAUUCCUAGGAGCAUUCCCAGAUUUUCAAGAUUAUGAAG